AUGUCGAACGGCAGCAGCGUUUCUGUGGCAGCUCAGGCGGAGCUGGUGGAGAAGGAGAAAACGGUGACAGAGCAUCAGCAGCGCCUGGGGUCUCUGCGUGAUACGGUCAAGACGAUGGCGACGCGUCAGGUCACCUUGAAGCGCACGGAGCGCCGCUGCCAAAUCACUGUAGGGGAGCUCACGAAGCUCAAGCCGGAUCACGUGGUGUACCAGGGCCUUGGCCGCGCCUUUAUGCGCGCCCCCGUCAACAAGCUGAUCGACUUGAACAACGAAGAGAUUGAGCGCUGCGAGGCCGAGGAAAGCCGUUUGUCGACCGAAAAGCAGCGUACCUCGGAGCUGGUUAUCAAGGAGGAGGCUGAGCUGCGACGCGCCGUGGAGGAGUUCCGUGCAGCGCUGAUGGUGGUGCAGGCAGCGCAGUCCCGCAGCCAGCAGAGUGCUUGA